CGCCCACUGCGUCUCGACCCUGCCCGGACCCGACCACCCGGAACAGGCAGACACGUCUCGCCGCGCUUCUCGCCAAUGGCUGACCAACUCUUUCAGCGCAAACCCUGGGACCACGAGCAGCUUCGCCCGGACCCCGACUCUGACUCCGAAGGCCUGUUUGACAAGCCUCCUCCAGAAGAGCCCCCCGCUGUCCGCCGGCCCAAGUCGGCGUGGGCCGCGGGCAGGAAGGCCGGUCGGCGCACUGGUGGGAGGGCGCAGGGGGCCCGCCCUGGGCAGCCCCCCAAGGCCGCGGCGCGCCCCCAGCCCCAGGAGGAGGCGCCUCCGCUGCACGAGGGCUGCUAUCUCGACCAUUUUCCGCACCUCUCCAUCUUUAUCUACGCGGCCAUCGCCUUCUCCAUCACCUCCUGCAUCUUUACCUAUAUCCAUUUACAGCUUGCCUGA